CGCUGAGUCAGGCCUACCACCAGGGGGCGCCAGUAAAGAUUGUCUCCUGUCGCUGAGCUGAUGAAUGCGGAAGAGGUGGAGGUCAGAGUUGAAUGUUUGACAGAAAGCUGAAUAUGGAUUCCAUAUUUCAUGAGAAACAAGAGGGCUCCCUGUGUGCCCAGCACUGCCUGAACAAUCUCCUGCAGGGGGAGUACUUCACCCCCGUGGAUCUGUCCUCCAUUGCUCACCAGCUGGAUGAAGAGGAGAGGAUGAGGAUGGCCGAGGGCGGCAUGGCCAGUGAGGAGUACCGGACGUUUUUACAGCAACCCUCAGGGAACAUGGAUGACAGUGGAUUCUUCUCGAUACAAGUUAUUAGCAACGCUCUGCGGGUGUGGGGCUUGGAGCUGAUCCUUUUUAACAGUCCAGAGUACCAGAGGCUGAUGAUAAACCCAAUAAAUGAAAAAGCUUUCAUUUGCAACUAUAAGGAGCACUGGUUUACAAUACGCAAACUGGGACAGCAGUGGUUCAACCUGAAUUCACUCCUGACUGGACCGGAGUUGAUAUCGGACACGUAUUUAGCCCUUUUCCUCGCACAGCUGCAACAGGAAGGUUAUUCCAUAUUUGUAAUCCGGGGAAAUCUACCAGAGUGCGAGGCGGAGCAGAUCCUGGGCAUCAUGCGGGUCCACCAGCAGCAGCGGCCCAGACUCAUCGGGGAAGACGAGGCCCAGACCAGCAUGGGGUACGUCUCCGCAGCACGCCGGCGUCCCGACCCAAAAGAACAGCUAACUCCGGUGUUUACUGCCAGCAGGACGUCGGCCUCUCAGACGCAGACGGACGUGGGUUUUGUUGUGGAGGACGAGGAUGAGGAGCUGAAGAGAGCUCUGGCGCUCAGCAGGCAGGACAUGGAUGUGGAAGACGAAGAGGCCGACGUUCGGAGAGCCAUUCAGCUCAGCAUGCAGGGAGCCGUGAUGAGCAACUCGUCUUCGGAGUGCGAGGUUUUAGGUGUGAAAUCCAGCAGCACUGAAGAAGGACAAAAAGUCCAGAGCGAGACGCUGACAGCGGAGGAGCUGAGGAAGAGGAGACAGGCCUACUUUGAACGGCAGCAGCAACAAGCUCAGCCAAACAUUCCCCAACAGCCAGACACAAAUCCAGGAUCAGCAAACACCGGCUCAGAGGAAGACCAACAGCAAGAGUCCAGCCAGUGAAGUUGUGGAAAGUUUGUGUUGUUUACCAGCAGCCUGGACUGGAACCCCUGCCUGGGGGUAGCUUCGCUCCCUCCUCUAACCUUUUGCAUAUGCAAACAUAAGGACGUAAGGACACGGUUUCCUGUGUUAGUUCACUGACCGACCACAGAGACGAGAAGAAGAGGCAGCACUUUGGUGCGACCCGGUGAAGCGCUCGGGCUCCAGCGGACUCAUGAUGCAGUAAAUCCAAGAUUGCAAUUGCCUUUUUUACCAUGGCGCCUUCUUUUCUAUUGUAUACAGUUUUUUUUUUAUUCCAGUUCUUUUGGGGUUUUUCUGGAAGACCUGGAAAGACAAAAAAAACAUGCAAGUGUUGGAGGUUAAAAGAAAACAAAAAUAAGAUAGGCAUUCUGUGAAAGCCAUACGAGACCAAUGUCUUGGACAGAAAAAGCUUUAUAGGCGACGACACACCCUCCUGCGUUUGGUUUGUGGAACAAAGAAAUAAUUAGGAGACCUAAUCCAUCACAACUCCUUUAUAGUCUGAAAUAAUCCAACAAUUUCUCACCGCAGCAAAGUGUCUUUUGGUCUGAAACACUAACGUCUGUGGAUUGUUUAUUCCUGAUCUGAGUGAUAGUUUUACUCAGUUCGUCUUCAACGUUUUCACUUUAUUCCUUUCUUUAAAUGUACGAGUAGACAUUAAAUUAAUAUAAGGGUCCAGUGUGGACAAUACAGUUUUUUUCUACAACGUUCCGUUAGAAUCUCUCAUAAAGCACUUAGUGAGCUAAGAAGGAAAUAUUCAGUUUGUUAUAUGUCGGAAUAUUAUUACUUAGAUUAUACAGCUACCAAACUACUUGCACAAAUUUGACCAUUUCAGUAGCAUAAAGUUGAAACCAGAUGUUCUCAUUUUUUCCAUCUUCACUUUCUGACAUCAAAUCUUUUAUCUUUUAGGUCAGUUGGGAUAAAAACAAAUUCCUAAACGCCACAAUAAUGAGAUAUUUUGGUAUCUAUUUUCAUUCCAGAAGUUUC